AUGUCAACAAGAUUAAAUAAAAAUCAAGAAUCUUUAGCUAAUUCAAUCUGGCAACGUAAUUUAAACGAUGCACGUAAUAUUCAUGUUAAUGUUGGUGAUCUUCUUGAUGUGUCAUUUUCUCUAUUACACGACCUUUUGAAAGACUUUGAAAUAUCAAAUGGUACAGAUCCUGCUGGUCUUCUAUUAUCUCUAUUUACAUGUGUUGGACAUUUAGCAGGUAAUAGUGAAGUAACAAUAACAAAUCACAAUACCAAUUUGAAUAUUUUUCUCCUAUUAAUUGGACCAUCAGGCUCUGGGAAAUCGAAAAUAAUCAGUCCAAUAAAGAAAUCUAUCAUUGCUGCAAUGAAAGUAUUGGGAUUAUCUAAAGAUGAUAGCGCAAUUCUUGAUGAUUUUACUUCUGCAACUUUAUCAGCUAAACUUGCAAAAUCAAAUGUUUUUAUUAUUACAGAUGAAGCCGAGAAACCUUUGUUAGAAUUAGGUUUUUAUUCACCUUUAUCCGAAUCAAGUGCUGGUGAUCGUAUUUCUGGAUGCAAAUUUUUCGGUACUAUACCAACCAGCAAGGAUACAAUGACAUAUCAUUUAGAUAUCGUAUCACAUUUAUCUUUUGUUGGAGCAACAACAGGUCGAUUGUGGCCACGAUUAGUUAAUUAUUACGCCCAAGGAUAUCAGAGUGAUGGGAUGUCUGAACGGUGGGUAAUUAUAUUGAAUAAAGGUUUUCAUUAUUUUCAUUCUUAA